AUGGGUAAUUUCUCUGUGACCGCCCUCCGACGUCAGUGGUCCAACCCUUCAGAUGUCUCCACCAUCCUUAUGGUCAUCGGCGGUGAUGUGGUCCAAAAGGCCUUGGCUCAAGGUACGGGGACCUGGUACUUCACCCCAGUCUGUUUUUCGUUCGGAUGGGUCUCGUACGCCUUCAUGGCGCUGGUCGAGAUCAUCGGGCACGGCCGCCUCCUGCCCGAGCCAGAUUACCCGGUGAAGGUUUUCAACCUGAGGUCGGGCUACGUCCGAGAGAACAAGAAUUGGGUUAUUGGCCGGCUGCUGCGUGACAUCGAAACCAUGCAUUCACGUCAACAACCUCUGACAGACGAGGGAAUUCGGGUUGUAGUCCUGGAGGCCAAACCUAAUCGGAAGGGGCCAACAGAACUCCCACUGGGAUGGAUCCAUUUCUACGGGUUCAUUGGUAUCCUCAUUCAGCUUGCUCUGGCCGCGAUCCCUCUCGUGAGCUCUGGAGAGUGGGAUAUCAUGAUGAUCACGGCCGCAGGGACGGUCCUCGUGCAGCUUGCCGGUUGUCUUCCUCAGUGGCGGGCAGAGAAGCUUCCCAACCGUCAGUCCAGUGAUGCAAAGUUUGCUCUCACGCAGGGGAACGGAUCACGCGAGAUCAUCGUCAUCAUAGGCAACGGCAACUGCUUGGACCUCGAGGAAAUACAGGCUCGUACUAUGCGAGGCUUGCCGCUCGGGUUCUGGCUCACCAGGAUCGUUGUUGUGGCCCAGUCUAUCCUCUGGCUGCUCCUUCUCGUCAACCUCGCAUGCUCCCGAGACAGCGAUUGGGUCAUUAUUGCCAUUGGCGCCUUUGGAAUGUUCCAGAAUGGUUAUCUUGCCGGGAUGCAGCGGCCAGCCGAGCAGAGGAACCUCCCACUAAGGCAAAUUGAGAUAAUCAGGGCCAAAAAGGUCAUGGACGGGCUCAUGGAUCUCGAGGUGGCGUAUGGAGGGGCUGAGUGUCUGCGGAACGAAUUUUUCCCGGGAAAGCUUCGAGAGUCCGAGAAAAUGUGGUGGAAUGGGCAAAGGGAUACAUAUGAUACUGCUAGGGCGGAGGCUGGGUGGCGUGGGACCCCUCGCAGCCGUCUCAAAACCACAGUAGUGGCUUCGGGAUCGUCCACAAGAACUCCAUCGCCAUGA